UCAAGCUGGACGGAGCAAGACGCGAGCAAGACGCGAGCAAGACGCUAAUAAGUCAGUCUUAUUAUUUGUUAUCCAGUUUGAAAUAUUUACGUCGUAAAAAAUACACAUUUGAUUCUUUUUUUCAGGAUAAAGUCGUCUUGAUGCGCUAGAAGCACUGUGCCGCUUCUCGUGCUAUCUUUGCUUGUUAGUUAGCUUAGCUGGCUAGUUAGCUUAGCUUGUUAGCUGCUAACAAAGAGACGCAGACGUUAUCAACACAUCGCUAAGUAGAGAUCGAAUGUGAGUGUAAAGUCUUGUGAUUGUGUGAAAAUGUGCGAAAGAACAAUAGCAAAGUAUGAGGAGGAACUUUGCCCAACAAAAGAGGAGAAGGAGCGACAUCAAGUUUUCAAGAAACAUCAAGUUGUGUUACACAGACCAGGGAGUUCCUCAUUUUGGUGGUAUUGCAGGCAAACAAAUUCAAACCUUUUUUGGAGUGAAAUCUGGGUUGAAUGUGAUGUGUACAACUACCUCUGGUGUUAUAAUGAUGUCCAUCAGCCCACUCAUAUUAAAGAGGAAGAGGAGGAUCCACAGCCCCCCCACAUUAAAGAGGAAGAGGAGGAAGUGUGGAUCACUCAGGAGGAAGAGUGUCUUCUAGGGCAGGAGGAGGCUGAUCUCAGCAAGUUUCCACUGACUGUUGUCUCUGUGAAGACUGAAGAGCAUGAAGACAAACCACCUGAGUCCUCACAGCUUCAUCACAGUCCAAACGUCCAGCAGGUGUCAGCAGAGAGUCGUGAAGAAAUUCCCUCCAAGCAGCAGGAAUGGAGCUCCAGUGUGGGACAGAAGGAGCUACAGGCCCCCUCCCACAUUAAAGAGGAGCAGCUUCAUGAUGAAGAUGGAGCUCAGUCCUUACAGCUUCAUCACAGUCAAAGUGAGGAGAACAGAGUGGCGGAGCUUGUAAGUCAACACAUCACAGAAGCUGAUGGAGAGCAUUGUGAAGAUAUAAAGUCAGAACCAGACAGCAUCUUUGCUCCACUGUCAGACAUGGACCACAUGAUGUCAGACUCUUCUGAUCACAGUGACCACAUCCAAAAACCUUUGGAGAGUAAAAAUGACUCUAAAGGUGAUACGAGACAUCACACUAACAACAAACACUUUGACUGCCCUGAAUGUGGGAAAUCAUUUAGAUGGAAGAGUAAUUUUACAGUACACAGGAGAACACAUACCGGAGAGAAACCUUUUACAUGCUCUGUUUGUAAGAAGAGUUUCUCCAGAAAGCCUGACUUGACCACACACAUGAGAACACAUACUGGAGUGAAACCCUUUACUUGCUCUGUUUGUAAGAAGAGUUUCUCCUCAAAGCAACAAAUGACCGGACACAUGAGGACACACACUGGGGAGAAACCUUUUCCUUGCUCUGUAUGCAAGAAGAGUUUCUCCACAAAGCGUGUCAUGACCACACACAAGAGAACACAUAUUGGAGAGAAACCUUUUACUUGCUCUGUUUGUAAGAAGAGUUUCUCCAGGAAACUUGACUUGACCACACACGUGAGGAUUCACACUGGAGAGAAACCUUUUCUUUGCUCUGUUUGUAAGAAGAGUUUCUCCUCAAAGCUUGUCAUGACCAGACACAUGAGAACACACACUGGAGAGAAACCUUUUACUUGUUCUGUUUGUAAGAAGAGUUUUUCCAGAAAGCCUGACAUGUCCACGCACAUGAGAACACAUACUGGAGAGAAACCUUUUACUUGCCCUGUUUGUAAGAAGAGUUUCUCAAGAAAGCAACCCAUGACCAGUCACAUGAGAACGCACACUGGAGAGAAACCAUUUAGUUGCACCGUGUGUGCUAAGAUGUUUGGGUAUAAGUAUCAGGUCAGUAAACACAAGUGUGUAACAGUCCUGGAAGAUGCAGGUAUUUAAAAACACUUAAACAAGGAUUGUGCUAAAUACACUUUAAAAACACAGCAUGUUUAAUAUUAAUGUAUAUUUGAUGUUGUAUGUAGUGCUCCUCAUCUUCUAGUGCAAUAUGUUGUCCUGUACUUACUUUUUAAGUUGGGUGCAUAUAUUGAAUAUUAUAUAUGUAGCUACUUUUUUAUUUUUUUCUCAUCUUUGAAGAGAGGACAUCUUAUUAUUUUCAUUUGUUUUUGUGUCUUUUAAAAUCAAAACAAAUUUC